AUGGAUGACACCGACACAUACUUAUUGAAUUUCAAAGGCUAUUACUUUGAGCGUUCUUUGAUUGAUAUUGACGUACUAGAAAACCUAGAUGAUUUUGAAAUUAGAGAUGAAGAUGUCUUUAUAAUCACAUACCCAAAAUCUGGUACAAUCUGGACUCAGCAGAUAUUAAGUCUGAUUUAUUUUGAGGAACAUCGUAACAGAACUGAUAAUGUGGAAACAUUGGAUAGAGCUCCUUUCCUUGAGUAUAAUAUACGAAAAGUGGACUUCCACGCUCGCCCGUCUCCUCGUCUCUUUUGUUCUCACAUCCCGUAUUAUUUGGCUCCAAAAGGUCUUAAGAACAAAAAAGCUAAAAUUAUUUACGUCUACAGAAACCCUAAGGAUGUUUUGACCUCAUAUUUUCAUUUUACAAAAUUUGUGGCUACGUUAGAAGAUGUAGAUACCAUAGAACAAUUCAUGAGAAGAUUUCUAGAUGGAAAAGAAGCUAGUGGGGGUUCCCGCAUUAACCUGGCCCCAAUAACCCAGGUGCCUUCCUCUGGAGAAGUGAUGGAUGACAGCUCCUCAAACCAGGCACAAGCUCCAUUUAGAGCUGGAGGAUCUCCAAACUGA